AUGUCCUCUCCUGGACCUCAAGACGAACUUACAUCCACCGUCUUCGGGGCCGUCCAAGCCUUACCUCCGUCGAGGAAGGCAACGUUUCUCCUCGAUACAUCAUUGGCUUUGAUAGAGUCAGGACAGUACGGUGACGACGUGGAAAAUUACCUCGAGGUGUAUCUGAGGACGCCGAAUUUACCUCAGGAGGAGGUGGCCAGGGCCUUGCUAGCCAGGGGGAAGGCGAGGAAACUGGCCGGCGACAGGUUGCUUGAGAAGGCCCACCAAGAUUUCCAAGCUGCUUUGAACUUGGAUCCGUCGAACCGAGAAAUCCAGCAUUUAUUCCGAAGGGACAGGCGUAUACACUUUGUGGACGAACCCGCCUCACAAAGAGCACCGCCGGAAAUCUGGGACCGAAUAGCGCAUCAUAUCCCCCGGUAUCAUCUUCGGACAUGGCUGUUCGUAUCUGCGUUCCACAGGGAAAUUGCCGUACGCAUUAUUUUCCGAACGGUCGAUCUCUACUUUGGCGACGACCAGGAGAACGUCACUCGAGGUUUGGAUUUUAUGGAUCGAGUGAAGGAGGACCCAGUAUUUGCGAGUCAGAUCAAGUCUUUGAGGAUACACUGGGCGUACGAAGAGUCCGAUGUUCUGGAUUUGAUGACCAGAGCCCUUCGUACGGCGCUCCCGAAAUUCAAAGAGCUCCGUGACUUUGAAUGGAUAGGGUAUCCCGAAAUGCGCGCAGACGUCGUGCAACACGUCCUUUCCUGCCACUCCCGCAUUCAAAGUCUAGGACUCAUCGGCUGGCAUUUCGACGCCGUCGGCGUUUCCGCCUUCAAAAAUCUCCACAAAUUCACGCUUCGGGCCGAAGAUGACGACGGGUUCGCCGACAUGGGGGAAGUGCGGAAGGUCCUUGACGAGAACGAGCACACCCUCAAACAUUUGAUCUUGGGUGCUUACCUUGCGCGAACGCAUUCCUGGGAUAGCACGUUCCAAAGCGUCACUAUCAAGAAUCUCACCCAUCUCGACCUGGUGGAUACUCGAAUUUCUCACGUCGUUUUGGCGCGUAUCGCACAUGCGCACAACUUGCAGAGUCUGACCCUGCAUGGAACCUUCGAAGAGCCUACUUCGGCUUCUGUGGUGUUUGCCAGCGACCACAUAUUGGAGGGAAAACACACAUUUUUGCCCCAUCUCGAGGCGUUCCGGUUUGUGUUAGUGGGGCACGACGAUGAACUGACACUAUAUCAGAGUGUAACUCAAUUCUUGAGGAAGCGUACGGGGCUAAGGAAAUUGGAUUUAGGGAGCUGCCCAUGGGACUUGGUGCUUGCCGUCCUUCCGGAAUUGGCGGGCCUGAGAGUGCUUGGGGUAAGGAUCGCGAACCUGAACCAGACGGCGGUCGAGGCACUAGUGCGAAGUAUACCCCCAUAUAUGCACGCGAUUCGGUUGUCAACUGUCGUGUCGGACAAAGCAUUGAACGAACAUUGCGGAUCCUUCUCGAAAUUCCCGUCGUUAUCGUUUCUCCACCUUCAUUGUGCGGCGAAACACCGGCCAAAGCCGAAUCUCAUGUCUGACAAGGAUUUCAAAGUGCAAACUGAUAUUUGGAACUCUUCCGCACGAAGUAUUGCCCUUUCCUUGCCAUCCUUGGAUUUCGUGGGGUGGCAUGGGGAGCACUAUGCGGUGGUGAGGAAUGAUGUUGGUGUGGAGUUGAAGGAACUCCCGACGCGCCGUCGACUGGAUUGUGGCAAAGGGGUCGAUCUGGGUGGGGAAGACACGGCAUGGUUGGAGAGGAAGGACGUCCCGAUGGAUUAUGAGAUACCUGGCCUAGAGUGA